ACAUGAAGGGAACUGUCUGCUGCAUUUCAACAAAAAUGCCUUUACAAAGGCGCCACCUGUUGGACUGGAAAUGUAAUUACACAUAUAUUUGGGAGGCGUUUGGUUAAAUUCGAACUUUAAACAUUUACCACAUUAGUUUUAUUUCAAUACAGUAAAAAAUUGAAGUACAUAAAAAUAAAAAAAUGCUGUUUUCAGCCUUUUUACAUUCAUACAUAAAUAAUAAAUCCAAGCGAUUUUUUUUCUGUUGUUCAUACACAUGCAAACUAAACCAACCGUACAACCGUACGUAUAUACCCGUGCCGUGUGUAUUAUUUUGUAAAAUCAAAUAACAUUGUGAGUUUACCCAGAGACAAUUUGGUUUACCUUCUCACUAAAUUCGUGGGUCACGUGGUUUCGGUAGUAGUAAACCGGUAGUAACUGUGGCAACGUCGACGCAAUGUACUAACGUUAUCCGUUUCCUUUUUCUUUCUUUUUUUUACUUUCAUUGACCGAUAGGCCUAUAUUUUUUAAAUAAUGGCCGUAAUUUUUAGGGUAAACCUGCUUAAAUUGACUAAAAUAACGUUAUAGUCUAUCUGACAUCCAAAAGAGGAGAUGAAGCCUAACACCAGCGUCGUUAGACCCAAACUGAUAUCACUGCCAACUGAAUAUCGUCUGAUAAUAAAGGACAUUCCAGUCCAAGGACACAGGUGUUCUUCCAACUACAUCUCCAGUCCUCCAGUUUCUGGAUGCUACAAGUCUGCGGAAUCCAGGAUGAAUGUUUUCUCGGCGAUGGAGAAAUGUCCAUGUUGUCCGAGCUAUUCCAGGGAUCGAGAGGCUCACAUCUCUAUUACUGAUGGGUCUCGUCUUCCAUUGUUAGCCAAAGACCGUGAAAGUAAUAUUUCUGGACGUCAUUUAUUAUUUGAUAAACGAUGGAGAAAAGGAACGUACGCCGCUAAUGAUAUGAGAGCAGACAGAGUUCUGAUUAACCACAACCCCACAAGUCCACUUUCUCAGGAGUUCCAUGUUUAUCAUUCUCACAAUUUAAACAAAUUUGCUCACCGCAAAGAACUUUCCCCACGCGACCCAAGACCACAUGUUUACGGGUCUGAUUAUCUGACCUCAUUUCCAUCAGUUCUGUUACCAGCCACCACUCCAUCUACCAGACUCUGUUUAUCUCAAAACUAUAAAAACAGGCCAAGGGUAACAAACAGAGUCCCCAAUCUCUUCCCUGUUGGUGCUAACAACAAAACCUGUGGGCCGGUAAUUGUUUUUCAGGCCAGUCGUACCCUGAUCCACACUUGGGUGCCUCAGCAUCUUUUGUUCAGAGGCUCACUGAGAUUUCCUGUCUGGAAGCAGAAACAGUCCGGCAUGAGAAAAUGAAGAGACUCCGAAAGGUCACUAGGCAGGACUCUUAAUAGGAGUUCAUCAACCAAAGAGGAAACACAAUAACGCCUGAAAUCACAACUGUGCCAAAGAUUGAGCAAAUAAAGUCAUGGGGGAAAAACUGAGAGGUACCAAGUGCAGACACUUUAUUAUAACUGAUCACAAUACUUUAUUAUGUAAAAGUCUACACACCCCUGUUAAAACAGCUGGUUUUUGUGAUGUAAAAAUUGAAACAAAGAUAAAUCAUUCCAGAACUGUUGCACCUUGCAUGUAAAAAAUACAACCUAUGCAAUACCACUGAAAACCAAAGUGACAUUUCAGAGAAAAAUUACUAAUCUAAAAACUUAAAAGAACCUACAGUAACUGCAUACGUCUGCACAUCCUUUUAAAACUGGCCAUUUGGCUGUGUUAAAAAUUGACAAAUCCUCUCCCGUGACCUCAUGGGAUAGUUAAGUGUCCAUGUGCAGUUGUGUGCAGAAUGUGCAGUUCAGAAGUAGUAUGUUACUUAAAGACUUUUCUCCUACUCGGCUAACAUACUGUUUUUUUAAAUAGUGUAUCACUGUAAAAAGAAGUUUGCUGUACAUUUUACAGUAACUUACUGGCAGCUGGAUGCCAGUAAGUUACUGUAAAAGUGUUUACAGUAUAAGUACUGUAAUUUUAUUUACAGUAAUACAAUCAUAUACUGUAUUAAUAUUUACAGUAUGAGUACUGUAUUUUUCA